UUCCAUUUCUGGACGAGGUAUUUUCUGGCGCUGUGAUUAGAGUCAGUCCAGCAUUUUAUCCAAUUCGUUGUAUUGUGAAGGCAGGAGCUCGGUUUGUUAACAACGACAGGAUUUCUUAAGAAAGGUUCCAAGACCAAGACAUACACAAGAUGGCGAUGAACAACAGCAGGGAACCGAGUUAUAGGCCUUUUCAGGAAUUCUCAAAAUCGAAAAAUGUUUCAAAUGCCGAUAAUUUCUCCAACGAUUAUAGCAAUGGAUCAGACUUUAGUGAAAGCCAGUUCAAUGAGUACAUCAGGAUUGUAGAUAUAGUGAAAAUCAUGAUAUGUAUUCUUGGUUUGAUAGCCAAUGUUUUAUCAAUCAUCGCUACCGUCAACGUACCGCGGGAGAAAUGGUCGACGUACAACAAACUUAUUAUCAACCUUGCAGUUUCAGAUAUUUUGGUGGUGUGUUCGGUAUUUGUUUACGUAAUUUUAACGUUUACUGCUGUUCACCACCCAUGCGCUGACGUUUUUCAUCAAAUGUUGCUGAAUAUUGCACUGACGUCAACAUUAUUCAAUCUCGUCUUGAUGGCAAUUGACCACUAUUUUGCAAUUAUAUAUGCAUUAUACUACGGUCGUGUGUUUUCGAAUAUACGUGUGAAUUAUGUGAUCGUUUGCCUAUGGAUUGUGAUUUUCUUCUGUGGAGUUAUUGACAUAUUUGUUGCAUUUGGCAGUUAUAACAAGAAAAAGGGUGAUUUUUGCACUUACGUUAAUAUGGACAAUUUCAACUACGAAUUAGUUAUUAUAAUUGUAAUAUUUGCUGUGUUGUUAGGAUUAUUGCUUAUAUACUCAAGGAUUUGCUACAGAGUACGAACUAUUGUGCGGCAGGACGAAUUUGGGCGACGUCAAGGAUCCAAUUCCAUCAAAGCCGUCGUAACAACGUUCUUAAUCAUUGGAACGUUUGCGUUGUGUUGGUGUCCGCUUGGAAUAUACCACUUUAUAUACUACAUAUGGCCACCAAAGAUGGACUUGAACUACGAAUCCAUAAACACAUUCCUUUUGGUGAACAAUAUUUUGUUGUGUGUAUUACUGCUUAAUCCUCUUUGUGACCCCAUUAUAUAUGCGUUACGACGAUCUGAGGUCAAACUUGGCUACAUUCGAUUCUAUAACAGAGUGAUAUUGAAUAGGAGAACAGCAACGUUUGACCGCAGCACAUACGCCAGAUUUGUGCGAAGAAGCGGUUCACAUAACUCCUUAAAUGCUGAAACAUCUGCUGUAGUUAGAUUGAGUUUUUCAAGAAACACGUGUCAUGAGGUCGAUAGCAAGGACGGCAGCUUGACUCCAAUAAAUGCUUCGUCAUGAUCUGUAUGCUGUAGAUGUAGAUUUGUUCAUAUCACCAAAUGCAAGAUCGUGUGACUUUUGGAUGUCUGUUGACCACACAAUAUAUUGGUAACAUUUGAAAGCGCUUCAUUUGUAGAAAAACAAAUAUGUAACAUUUAAAAGAACAUUAUUAUAAAAAGCCGUUUAGGCAGGAUUGGACUGGAAUCAUUUGAAAUGAGCAAUAGGUACCAAACCAAUAAGGGAUCACACGAAAUUGUAUACUUUAAAACCUAUUUAUAUCGAAUGCUUUAAUUGCUAGUAACUGCGAUCGUUUAGAAGAAGUCCAUAUGACGAUAUGAAUGAAUUUUGAUUACGAAGGAUUUUUCUUAUAGAAAAAUAAAAUUGCUUGAAAUUUCAAGAUUAAUUACAUGUAAAAGUGUAUUUGAAAUAUCUUAAUAAACUUUUCCUUUCUCUGUUUCCUCAUUUUAGUCGAAUAUUGUAUGUUAGAUUAUAUAAAUUUUGAACACAUCGGGCAAAUACUGUGUCGAAAAUGAAAAUGAUAAAAGCAAAUCAUGACGUCAAAUCUGAUACUUUUGUAAUAAUAAAUGGCAUUUUAACGCAAAUUUGGCUCUAUAAGAAUAAACUUGUACCAUCUUAAACUCUUGCAAAUCUGCAAUAACUCAAACGAUAUCGUACUAAAGCCAUUAAUUGUCAUGCAUUUCGUGAUGAUGUCGAUAACGUUCCGAAGGAGUCUUGUAGUAAUGUCUGAUGAACUCGUGAGAUGUUGUAAAUGACUCAAAAAAUGACCAAUAAAAAAUAUUGCUAACAUUUAGUUACAAAUGGUUUUUAUUUUGAAAAAUACGGGAAAGAUGUUCCGCUUUUAAACUAGUUCCCCCAUUUCAACUACUUUAUCUUAGUUUCAAAUACUUGA